AUGGACAGCUCGACCAAGAUGACUUCUUUAAGCACCGUCACUACCAAGACAGCCAUAACAACCAACAACACCAAUGGCAACAGCACAAACAUCCACGAUGAUUCUGCGUUCGACGCCGCGGAAAAGGGCCAAGUCAACACGAUGAUUCUACCCGACACGACCACGCAGCAGCAGCAACACAGUAGUCCCCCCGCUUGGGCCAAGAACAGCAGCAAUACGAAUCAGUCCAUCAUGGCCAAGCGUCGUACCAUGUUCACCGCUUUGAUUGUGCUGGUGGGUGCCAUUGCCAGUGUGGCCUUUUACAGCAUGGGCAUUGUGAGCGUCAAGCGCGAACAAGAGAGUUUGUUCGAACGUCGCGCCACGGACAUUACCAAGAGCAUUCAGAAUGCGUGGAAUCAAUACGAAGUGUUUGGUCUUUGGAUUCAAGAAUCUUGCUUUUCGCCGCUCAGCGAGACCAACCAUGACACCAUUGCCGGACGAAUGGGAUUGUGUUCGCGCGAAAAAUUUGCCCUUUUGAUCGAGUCUGUCAAUUCGCGGGGAUUGGAGUUCAAGGCGGUCGGAAUGAUCCCCAAUGUCACGGACGACAAUCGAGCGGGUCUAGAGGAAGAAUCAAGAGCGUACUACGCAGAGCACUACCCAAAAGUAGAUUACAAUGGAUUUGUGGGAUUCGUUCCCAAUGAAGAAACGGGAGGACUCAAAGUCGCUUCCAUGGUACAAGAACCCAGUUAUUGGCCUGUCCAUUACAUGGAACCAGUAGCGGGAAACGAGGCAGCGCUAGAUCUAGAUCUAUACUCUCAUCCAGCCAGACAACAAGCCAUUGAUCGGGCAGUGGCCACUUGGAAACCUAUCGUUACCAACCGGAUUCGACUAGCACAAGAAACGGAACCGAAUGCUUACAGUGUCCUCUCCUACAACCCUGGAGUCAAGUACGCCUCCAUGGCCGAGAAUGCAAAGCCCACCGUCCUGUCCUCCAUUGCAGUCCGCGUGCCGGAUCUGCUCCAGGAAGCCGCGCAGGAUGCUUCCGUCAGUAUCUCGGUCACCAUUUAUGAUUCCACCGACGAUUCCACCAACCCCACCUUUAUGGGAGGCGCCGAUAUCUAUGUCCAUGAGAAUGGCACGGUCGCACUCGACUUCGUCGCCGAUAUCGACCUCGUUACGCUCCAAGAGGCCGCCACGAGAUUUGAAGAACUAGAUAUCCAAGUCGCCGAUCGCACGUGGGUUGUGGCGGUCACGGCACAACCAGGAACGUUCCAAGACAAUUUGGUCUUUGUCAUUUUGGGAGGGACCAUGAUCUUCAUUGCCAGCAUUCUAUUGGCCAUUUGGUUCUACACCAACAUGGGACGAAUGCUACAAAUGCAAAAGAUGAAGGCAUCAAUGGAAUCGGAAAAGGCACGCAUCAUUCUGGAGACCGCACGGCAACAAGCUCGAGCAGAACGACAGUUAAACGAAUACAUUGCACACGAGGUACGCAAUCCGUUGUGUUCUGCCAUUACGGCUCUCAGUUUCGUGUCGGCGGCAACCAAAGAAACAGAGAGUACAGAGGAUACACGACAUCGUCUCCGAGAGGAUGUGGCCAUUGUUGAUGCCAGUCUCCAGUUCAUCAACGAGCUCCUGCGAAACAUGCUGGAUAUGCACAGAGCAGCCGACAAGCAGAUGAAAAUCACCAAAGCACCCACUGAUUUGAGGCAGGAUGUACUGCAGCCUGUGGCGGCCAUCCUCCAUCUUCGUGGAAGCAAGGUCAAGGUCCAGUUGGAGUGUCCCCACAAUCUGGUCUGCAACACGGAUCGCAUGCGUUUGAAACAAGUUGUGCUAAAUCUCAGCAUCAAUGCGACGAAAUUCGUCACGCAGGGGUUUAUUCGGCUGCGUGCAGAGGUGCCAGAGGGAGGUGGAAACGUACGAAUAUACGUCGAAGACUCGGGCCCGGGCAUUCCACAAGAGAAGAGAGGGAGACUCUUUCAAAAGUUCCAAGAAUCUCUAGAUCUGCUGAACCAAGGUACCGGUAUCGGCCUUUGCCUGUGUAAGCAUCUUUCUUGCCUUUUGGGAGGAGACAUUUGGUUGGACGAGAGUUUUGAUACUGGCAUCGAGGGAUGCCCGGGCACUAGGUUUAUCAUUGAUAUGGGAUCUGGCCCAAUGGAAACCCCGGAUGAUGCGCAUGAUGCAACAGGUGAAGAGUCGUCGCCGCAGCAAUCCAGCCGACACUUGACAGAUGAAGAGGCUCCUUCGAUAACUGACGCUGAAAACUUGGCCCAGGAAGAACCGGAGCCCGUGCAACUUCCAAAUGAACUGAGAGUUCUCUUUGUUGACGACGACUUGAUCAUCAGACGGCUCUUCAUGAGAGCCAUUAAACGAAUUGCCGCUGGUUGGCAUGUGGAAGAAGCAUCCAACGGGGAAACAGCCCUGCACAUGUGCAAAUCCAACGAGUACGACAUCAUCUUCAUCGACCAGUACAUGGCAAGUGUCGAGAAACAGCUGCUUGGAACCGAAACAGUUCGAGCCCUGAGAGCUCAAGGAGUGGAGGCUCGUAUCUGUGGGUUGUCUGCAAACGAUAUGGAAGAGGGUUUCCUCGAGAAUGGGGCGAACAGCUUCCUGUUCAAGCCAUUCCCAUGCGAGAAGGACGCGUUUUCAAGGGAACUUGCUCGAAUUCUUCGAGAUUAG